AUGCCUGUCCAGUACGAUCCAUUGCCUAUCCAGUACGACCCAUUGCCUGUCCAGUACGACCCAUUGCCUAUCCAGUACGACCCAUUGCCUGUCCAGUACGACCCAUUGCCUAUCCAGUUCGACCCAUUGCCUAUCCAGUUCGACCCAUUGCCUAUCCAGUACGAUCCAUUGCCUAUCCAGUACGACCCAUUGCCUAUCCAGUACGACCCAAUGCCUAUCCAGUACGACCCAUUGCCUAUCCAGUACGAUCCAUUGCCUAUCCAGUACGACCCAAUGCCUAUCCAGUACGAUCCAAUGCCUGCCUGUCCAGUACGAUACAAUUAA